AAGACUCGCAUUCGCAAGGCAAUUUCAUACUGGCAGUCAUUCACCUGCAUCAGAUUCAAAGAAAUACACACACGCAUACACACACAUACAAACACACAUAAUAUAUAUAUAUAUAUGUGUGUGUGUGUUUGUGUCUGCUGGUCGUAUGUGGGGUUCACUGGACAGUUCAACCAAACAAUCUCUGUCGGUGAUGGUUGCCAGUCGAACGGGACGAUAGCCCACGAAAUAGGGCACAGCAUUGGUUUGUGGCACGAACAGAGCCGACCUGAUAGAGACCUGCACGUGAGCAUCAACGAGGUGAAUGUGGCAGACGGCAAACUGUUCAACUUUCGCAAGAGGACUUGGGGCGAAGUGGUGACGCACGACGUACCCUACGACCUGGGCUCAAAUAUGCACUACGGGUCAAAGUAUUACGCCAAAGACCCGAACGUAACCCUGACAACAGUACAAACACGUGACCCUCUGAUGUCGAUGGUGAUUGGCCAGAGGGAGGAGUUAUCUUUCUAUGAUGUUAAGAUGGCUAACAUUGCUUAU